UCCCCUCAUCUCCUGCCUCCUUUGCACGCUAUCUAGCCUUACGAAUGGAACCAUAACCGUCCUAUUGAACCACUUGACUCCAAGCUAGUAGCUACUGGGUUAGGGAACCCAACAAUUGGUCCUUGUCCUACCCGUUGGACCAAGUAGUGUGAUUGAGAAGGUUUCCAAAUACCCAACCACACAGACUACGGACAUUGAGUGCAACAGUCGUCGAGAAAAACGAGCUCAAAGACGAGGCUAAAUUGAAAACGAAUCCUUUUUUUUUUUUUCCUCUCGCGAACCGCCAUCAUCAUUCAAGCACCAAACCGACUCUUCACCCCUUACCGUUUUCUCGCACACACAUCCCCAACCAACCAUGGCGCAACACGGCACAACCCUCUUACCCCGAAUGGACAUGGGAGACGGGAACAUGGACGGACCGGCGUGUAAAAUUUCGAUGCUCUGGAACUGGUACACCAUCGAUGCCUGCUUCCUCCACCAGUCCUGGCAAAUCACCACGCGCGGCGCCUUCGCCGCCACCUGCAUCGGCAUCAUGUUGAUGGUCGUCAUGCUCGAGUUCCUGCGCCGGCUGGCCAAAGAAUACGACGAGUGGAUCGUCCGUGACUUUCGAAGACGGUCGGCCCUAAUUAGCGACCAACAGCAAUGUCUGCGUCAACAACAACCACAGCGACGACAACGACAGGCUUCACCAGCAUGUGGUACUGCGGAUGCAGCAAAGACUACUGGACUUUUGGCCACAACGUCCGUCGUCACCACCGGGAAGAGAAGAGGAGGAUACAUGGGAAGCAAAACGACAACGACCACGCUCAAGUUCCGCGCCAGUCCGUUGCAGCAGCUCAUAAGGGCCCUGAUUCACGCCGUCAUGUUUGGCCUGGGGUAUCUGAUCAUGUUGCUGGCCAUGUACUACAAUGGCUAUGUGCUCAUCAGCAUCUGGAUCGGGGCGCUGCUCGGCAAGUUCUUGUGCGAUUGGUUGACGGUCAAGUUUGAAAUCCCUGGCGAGGAUGAGGAGGAGGAGAUGAUGAUGGAUGGUGGAUUCACGGACGAGGUGCCGAGGCUGCAGGGCGUGGAGGAUGCCACUGUUUGCUGUGGUUGAAAAGCCAGACGGGAUGAGGAAGUCGAGGAUGGAAGAAGGGACGGAAGAUAAUGACGACUGCGAUGAUACCUCUUUGUGCUUUUUCACUUCCACUGU